AUGAGAUUUCGAGUUGGUACUGGAGACCAUAUAUCUGCAUGGCAUAACCCUUGGAUGCCUUUACCUAACAGCUUCAAACCUUUCACCAAAUCGGCUGUGGGCCUUGAAGAGUUGAAAGUAUGUGAUUUGAUUCUGGAAGGAGAGCAUGAGUGGAAUAUUCCAUUGUUGGAGGAGUUGUUUACACCUUAUGAGGCUGCAAUUAUUGCGGGUAUCCCUCUAAGCAUUAGAGGGGGAGAUGACACGUUGCAAUGGCACUUUGACAGAAGAGGCAAUUAUGGAGUUAGAAGUGGCUAUCAUGUCGCUCAAAUUGAGGAGGGCAGAGCUGAUCGUGCUUCCACUUCUCUGGGCACAUGCGGUAUUAAUCCAAGCUACUGGAAGGCAAUUUGGGGAGCUAAUAUUCCACCCAAAGUUCGGGUGUUCGUUUGGAGAUUAUUAAAAGGCAUAUUACCGACAAGAGCUGGUCUUUCCCAUAAGGUAAGUCUCCCUGAUGAUCAUUGUGUUUUUUGCAAUCAAUCAAUUGAUGAUGGCCUCCAUGUGUUUAGAGAUUGUGAUGUCACGUCAUAUUUUUGGCUGCUCACUACUCUGGGUUUAAAAGUUAAUAAGGUGGCAUGUGCUAAUGUGAUUGAUUGGGCCUUGAAUGUGAUUGACAUACUUAAUUGGGACCAAAGAUGUCUCUUCUUUAUGGCCUUUUGGGUAAUUUGGUCUAAGCGGAAUAAUGUACUAUGGAAGGGCAGCUUCUUUUGUGCUUCUAAUGCAGCUCAAUGGGUAGUUAAGCUCCUUGAGGAUUACCAAUCAGUGCAUAUCACUGGAGGUACAAAGGCAAGGAGGGAAAAGACGAAAUGGCAGAACCCCCCUAGUGGGAGACUGAAGGUAAAUGUUGGUGGCAGUUAUAGGGCUGACCAUGGUGAUGGUGGUGUGGGAGUGGUAAUACAUGAUGCAUAUGGUGUCUGUGUGCCAGCUUUGGCACGCUAUUUCCCGCAUGCUUCUUCAGCCUUACACAUGGAGGCAGAGGCAUGUCGGGCAGGUUUGUUGUUGGCUUUCCAUCAGAACAUGACUGCUCUUGAGAUGGAGAGUGAUUGCUCCCUAGUUGUUGCGGCUUUACAACAAAAAGUGGAGGAUAGAUCUGAAAUUGGGCGCAUUAUGGAUGACUGUAAGUCAUAUUUGACAUCUUUUCACCCUUUUCAGGUUAGACAUAUCUUCCGUGAAGCAAAUGGUGCAGCCAAUAGAUUGGUGCAUCUUGCUAGCUUUAAUUUAUUGUCUGAUGUUUGGUAUAAGACGGAUUAUAGGGCUCUAUUUGAGAUUUCUCUCGAGAAAGGUGUAGAGUAG